CCAUUAGCCGUGGGCGGUCGGGGCGUUACAAGUGGUAUCAGAGCUGGUUAGCCGUCUCAGUUCUGACCUGAGAGGCGUGUUGAGACCUGUCGUGGGGCGCAACGAGGGCGUUGCGUUCUUUGAGAGGGGGUGAAUUGUAACAUCCCGAGUUGUGAUAUGUGAAAAGGCUUAAGAGAAUUGAUUUGGCUACCUAUGUCACCAAAGUUGACUUACCUUUUCCGGAGCACAUCCUGAAAGAACUCCAGAGUUAAGCGUGCUUGAGCUGGAGUAGUGGAAGGAUGGGUGACCUAUCGGGAAGUGAUUCGCGAUAGCGUGCGAGUGAGGCCAAAGCACGGGGAAAGGUCGGGUGGUGAUUGCAGGGUUAGUAAACAAUGAUUUCGAGCCUUGAAAAAUUAACGACCGACCGUCGGAUGGGAUGGGGCCCACGGGCCGAGAGAGCGGGCGUGGGUGGCCCAUUAGCCGUGGGCGGUCGGGGUGUUACAGUCCACCUCUGCCACGACCGCCUAAUCCUUCUUCUCGUCCCGCCGUGGCUAGACCAAAGGUCUCGAAGCGCGUGCUCCUCCGCGUAGCUUCCGUCGCGUGCGGGAUCCAGUUCGGCUGGGCGCUCCAGCUCUCCCUCCUCACUCCUUACGUGCAGGAGCUGGGGAUCCCACACGCUUGGGCCAGCGUGAUCUGGCUCUGCGGCCCGCUCUCUGGACUGUUCGUGCAGCCUCUCGUCGGCCACAGCAGCGACAGGUGUAAGAGCAAGUACGGUCGCCGGAGACCGUUUAUCGUCGCCGGAGCCGUGGCCAUCGCUAUCUCCGUUUUGGUCAUAGGACACGCGGCGGAUAUCGGGUGGGCGUUUGGGGAUAGAGAAGGGAGGAGGAUUAAGCCGAGGGCGAUCGUGGCUUUCGUGUUGGGGUUUUGGAUUCUUGACGUGGCUAAUAACAUGACUCAAGGUCCUUGUAGAGCUCUCCUCGCUGAUCUUACUGAGAAUGAUAAUCGCAGAACCAGAGUAGCAAACGGCUACUUUUCUCUAUUUAUGGCUGUUGGAAAUAUUCUUGGCUACGCUACUGGAUCAUACAACGGUUGGUACAAGGUCUUCCCUUUUACCAAGACCGUUGCAUGCAAUGUGGAAUGCGCCAAUCUCAAGUCUGCAUUCUAUAUAGACGUGGUCUUUAUUGCGAUAACUACGAUCUUGAGUAUCUCAGCGGCUCAUGAGGUGCCUCUCGGGUCGUUGUCAGCCUCUGACGCACAUGGGCAAUCAAGUGGAACAGAUGAAGCUUUUCUUACCGAGAUACUCGGCACUUUCAAAUAUUUUCCAGGAAGUGUUUGGAUGAUCUUGCUUGUUACGGCUCUGACAUGGAUCGGUUGGUUCCCGUUUAUUUUGUUUGAUACUGAUUGGAUGGGUCGAGAGAUCUACGGCGGUGAACCGAACCAAGGCGCUUCUUAUAGUGCUGGUGUCAGUAUGGGUGCGCUUGGUUUGAUGUUGAACUCUGUUUUUCUCGGGAUCACUUCGGUGCUCAUGGAGAAACUUUGCAGAAAGUGGGGAGCUGGUUUUGUCUGGGGGAUAUCGAACAUCAUUAUGGCUAUUUGCUUUCUUGCAAUGAUUGCCACUUCAUUUGUUGCCUAUCACAUUGGCUACAUUGGCCAUGAACAACCUCCUGCUGGGAUCGUCAUUGCUGCUGUGUUAAUCUUUACAAUUUUGGGCAUCCCCUUGGCAAUAACUUACAGUGUCCCAUAUGCGUUGAUUUCCAUACGUAUCGAGUCCUUGGGCCUAGGUCAAGGCUUAUCUUUGGGUGUACUCAAUUUGGCUAUAGUCAUCCCACAGGUAAUAGUGUCUGUUGGCAGUGGACCAUGGGACCAACUAUUUGGCGGUGGGAAUUCACCAGCACUUGCAGUUGGAGCAGCUGCAGGUUUCAUUGGCGGAAUUGUAGCCAUCUUGGCUAUCCCGCGAACAAGGAUUCAGAAGCCCAUCCCUCUCCCAUAACAUCCUCUCUCUUUUUUUGCUAUAAAAUAGACGAGAGUGGUAUGUGUGAAGGCAUGGUGGAAGAUUAGCAAGGAGAUGCACCGCUUAUUUGUGCGAUCCUUGUUUCAUUCGUGCAUUGGCUUCUCGUGUGACUAACUUAGCUGCUGCAGCGUCUAGGACCUAACUCCUUCUUGCUUUGAGGCUAUGAUCCUUGUGCCCACGAGGAGCCAUAGGAGUUUACCCAACGAAAUAAUAACACAUCAUCCAGUUUGUGAGGCACAUGUUGGAAUCCCCCAAAUCGGGUUCUUCUCUGUUUCUUUGUUGUCUAUCUAAGGAUAUAUAGUUUACCCCGUACUUGUAAAUUGAAGUGAUACCCUCUGUACCAGUGGAGAGUUUGUAACGGAUGCUGAAAUUUCCGAAAAUGUUACAAGUUCUUUUUCCUGAAA